AUGCGAUCCACACCAUUCAUUUUAUCGGUCUUGAAUGGAGUCAAGUCUUCCCAGACAUGGACUUUUUGGAUCCUCUUGCUUCUACCCUCUUCAUUUUCAUUGUCGAUAACCCCCACUCGUUCACUCAAUAUUUCCCACACGACCCUUCUCAACCACUACUGCGUAGUGUUUUCUGAAGGAUCUGUCUAUGGCCUUUCGAAAAUCUCUAAAAUACAACCAGAUCUCAAGCUAAUAUUUUCAUCACUCGGUCCAAAGAGUCCUUUUGGAACAGAGUUUGGGGAUGUCAAACGGUCUUUUAAUGUCAAACAUAAUGCGUGCAUCUUAACAUAUGGAAAGGUUAUCUUUCCAUUGUCAGAUAAUCCCACCAAGACACUGGAUCUCAAGACCUUGAAAUGGCACUCUAUGCCUCUAAAGCCUUCAAUGAUACGCAAGGCACUCAAAGAAUCCACAAUGACGGUCGCGAACAAUAAGAUGUAUGCGUAUGGUGGAUAUACUGAGAACAAAGAAAAUAGUGUCUCCGUGCUCACUACCCGGGAUAUGUACAUCCUUGAUAUGCAGGCACCUCCCCCUUGGAAAUGGAAUCGCACCCCGAGCUCUUUAUCUUCCAACACAUCUACACUUACACUAACUCCAACACCAACUCCAACCCAUGGAGCUCAAAUGAUUGCGACAACGCGUUGGAUUCUACAUUUUUCCGUCACUCCUAAACACGGACCAUUCGAUGCUUCAUCUUUUACUGCAGGCUACACUGUCACGGUGUAUUGCUUUGAUUUAAUAUCAUUGGAGUGGGUGGGGAAAGUGGUUGAAUUUACCAGCACAUCAGAUCAAGUCAGACUGGUGUCCUUAUCCAAAAACAAUCUGGACACACUUAUCAUUACACCUGUCUGGAAGAAUUGUCCAACUAAAACCCAUCUACCCGAACCAACCAACCAAGAAGAUUGUGAUAUGCCAAAAGGAGUGUGGAAAUAUGAUAUGUCAACAGAAUCACCUCGUGGAACUCUGACUUGGCUCCCCUUACUCAGUCAAAAUACAAAACUUGAUGGUGGUCAAGUUGUCCGAGGAACCAAAAAUUAUCAUCUAACACUGUACGGCGGACACGUCUUUGGUUUUGGAAAUGUGCGAGUAUUGGACACCGCUAAUCAAAACUUUCUCGAAAUACCUUUUUGGUGGACAUCUCAGACCUCAGCUUCAUUUGGUCAAACACCGACAAAGGCUUAUUUUUUUCCUAAACGUGCACUCGAUGAAGAUGAGGCCGAGAAGUCAAAAAGAAAUUCAAACAACAACCGUCGUCUAGCGAUCAUUUUGGGUAGUGUGCUUGGCUUUGUAGGAUUUGCUAUAUUUGUCGGUCUUGUAGUAUUUUGCCUGUACAGGAGACACAAACAAAAAGUACAAACGCCAUCUAGAGACAUAUCUUCAAACAUUGGUCAAGACCCACCAUUAGCAUCACCAUCACUAUCACCUAGAUUCAUACCUCAGCCUACAGAAAACGAUACAUCUGAAUGGGCCUCUCGGCUUCAUGAUACUCUUUCAAACAUAACACAAACAAGUAAUGCUUCUGUGGAACCUGGACAACUCCAUGCAAGUACUUCGUUUGGAAGUAUGCAUGUACCGGAGCUGUUUCCGCAACCAAUACAAGCUAGUCGAUUUACAGAGCACUUUGACGUGCCAUUAUCAUCAACUCAUGGACGAUCGCGUAUUCUGAGUAAUCCAUAA